AUGAAGCUCAUCCUCCUUCUCGCCUCCGCUGGAGCCGCUAUGGCUUUCGUCGAGUGCCGUUCGCCCUCAAAUGCUGAGCUGUUCAAAAACUGCCAGAAUCAAGCACAGCGAGAUGGCUGCAAGGGCCAGCGCAUCAAGCAAUUAGAUUACUCACUGAAAGCUACGACCGAACAUAUAACUGAACAUUUUCUCAGUGCUCUGACACAACAGCCAACCUGGCUGUUUGCAUCAACAAGGCAAACAACGACUUUGACUGCGUCUGCGCAACCCAGGCUGGCAGAGGUCCCGGAUUCAACUAAGCUAAUAAAUGAGUGGCUGCAUAUCCAUAGUAGCGUGUAUCGAGCAUUGCGUGCCC